AUGACUAUUCAGCCUGCCUCCAAAAUAUUUAUCGUCGGCUCCGGUGUUUUCGGCAUCUCAACCGCACUAUGGCUUGCACGGAGCGGUUACAACGAUGUCACUGUCGUCGAUAUGCAAGAUACGAAAGGUUCCGGAUAUAACCCCGAUGCCGGUAUUGACUCCGCAUCGGCUGACAUCAACAAGAUCAUUCGAUUUUCUUAUGGUGAGGAAAUCGAGUAUCAGAGACUGGCGUUUGAAGCCGCAAAGAUAUGGGAGGAAUGGAACAUUGAGCUCCAAGAAUCCAGAACGGAGGAUCUGCCCGAGGUGCUGCGGACGGGUUCUAGAAAACUUUGGUGGAAUUGCGGAUACCUGAGGAUGAGUGAUGGCGCUGAAUAUGAUGCAUUUGAGCUCAAGACUUUGGAGAACAUGAAGAAGGAGGGCAUCAGGGAGAGUCAAUUCAUGGUUGACAAUGAAAUUGACAUCCAGCGAGCAGAGCAGUCUGGUUGGGGUCAGAAGCUUGACCCUUGCAAUAGGAAGAGCAAGUUUGGCGUACACAAGGCGGUAUUGGAUUCCAGUGGCGGUUUUGUUGUCGCCUAUAAAAGCUGCGCAUGGGCGCAGCACCUCGCGACGAAAGCUGGCGUCAAGUUUCUACUCCACCCGUCCAAGGGCAAGGUUGUACACAUUCAAGCAACAGAAGAUGGAAAACCUGUUCUAGAGAUGGCGGAUGGCACCACUCACCACGGCGAUUAUGUCGUAGUCGCCGGCGGGGGUUGGACGCCAAGCCUCGUGCCCGAAGCAGACGGUCUCCUCGAAACAACGGCUGGCUCAGUCUCGUCUAUCAGACUCCCAGAUGACCGUCCUGAUCUCUGGGAACGCUUCUCACCAGAGAAAUUCCCCGUAGUCAGCUGGAAUAUGAAGACAAAGGGCAUUUACGCAUUCCCAAUCACCGAGCAAGGCGUGUUGAAGAUCGGAUACCGCAAGACGAAAUAUACCAACUAUCAAGACAUUGAUGGGCGGAGGAUUUCGGUGCCCAAGACUGCCCAUGUUACAGAUGACAAGGAGGCAAAUAUUCCUCUAGAGGCAUUGGAAGCAGCGAAAGAUAUUAUUUCCUCAAACAUGCCAGAGUUGACUGAACUAGGAAUCUCUUCGACGAAAUUGUGCUGGUACACCGACAGCAUCGACAACUCGUUUGUUGUCGAUUUCGUCCCCGGAAAACCAAGAGUAGCUAUCUGUUCUGGUGGUAGUGGACACGGAUUUAAGUUUCUCCCCAUUCUAGGAAGAGAAGUAGUCAAGAUUCUCGAGGGAAAUGGCAAGCAGACCGUAUAUGGCAGCAUGUGGCAGUGGAGAGAUAGCAACAAUAAGAUUAGAAAUGGCUUAGAGGAAGGAGAACAAGGUCCUCGUGUCUUGGGAAAACAGCGAAUGGCUAAUGAGACAAACUGGUCAUUCACCUAG